AUGCUGAAUCCCCGACUCACAAGCUUGCUCGAAGCUUGGUUGGUUGGACCUAUAUACGGCGCCAACAUCAUUCUCAUAUGCAUCUGCAUUCAUAGACUCUCAACGCACAAAUGGAAGUUCUCCACAGUUACUCGCGCGCUACUAUGCACGAUCUUCCUCCUGGCAGUGACCACAACAGCACACGCAGGGCUUGCUUUAUCUGACCUGAUAGUGGGUUUCACCCGCGACGACUCUUUACGCUACUUUCUGGAUGCAGGACGACCAAUUGUGGUCGCAGCAUUAAUCGUGUACGCUAUCAAUGUUCACGUCGGGGACAUAUUCAUGGCUUGGAGAGCGUACGUGAUGUGCAAUCAUAACAAGAUCCUUGCCAUUUGCUACGCUUCUCUACUCCUGGCGUUCGCUGGUGCCAGUAUCGCCGCACUCAUAUCAUUCACCUCGGCUCGCACUCUAGCAGAAAGCAAAGCUCACGCAUGGACCGUCACUGCAUGGGCGAUGUCAGUAGUCAUACAGACAAGCGGGAGUGUGAUCAUUGGAUGGCGAAUCAUGUCAACUCCCGUCGCCGCACCGCGCACUUUUGACCCUUGGCUGGUCCUUUGGGUCUUCGUGGACAGCGGUGCUUUGUAUACCUGUAUAACCAUCCUCGCUCUUUCGCUAUCCUUCCCCGUAUCGACGGCUAGCUACGUCCUCACAUUCUCUUUAGGUCAAAUAUCCGCGUUUGUACCUCUGACCAUCACACUCCGCGAGUGCUGGAAGACGGAUGCAGAGCUCGCGCGCCAGCGCGUCAAUGCAACAAGCACUUUCUUGAUCAACGAGCGCAUACAUACGCGCCGCUCAUCUAUAUCCCUACCUCGCCUGCGUUACUCAUCGGAACCCCAGGUCUCUGUAGACAUCACCACGACGACGCGUUUCCAGGAUGCAUCAGAAGAGGACAUAAAAGAGCCAGUCAGGACUGUGCCUCCCUUAUCUCACUGGGUGCUGUAA